AUGGAAGUCCUGAGGAAAAAACUAGACGCGUGCCUUCUUAUACUAGACAAUAGUAUUGAAACCACUAGUGUCAGAAAUAUGAAUUGGCUGAAUGACUUCUGUGCGGCUCUAUUGGAAUUUGCAUCUGCUGUCCACAAAUCUUUGAGCGACCGGAAGCAGAACGACAAAAGCCACGCGUCCGAAGAAUUGGUUUGUCUUUGCCUCACUCAGAUUAUGGUUUGUGUGCGGCAGGUAGAGUGCACAAUGAAACUGGCGUCUGGCUCUGCAGUUUCGGCGAGCCACCUCUAUUUCCUCGAUCGCAUUCGCUGGUGUCUGCAACGCCUGUUGCAUCUUUAUUCGAGUGAGGAGGCGGCAGAAGAUAGCCAGGGGCGCUCCUUUCUCAAAUUGCUAGACUCCACGCUGGACACAUUAGCUCUGUUUAGUUCGAACAAUGAAGAAAACAGUGAUUUAAUGAACUUUCAGCAUACACCAUCAGAAAUCCUGGGCCUAAGCGCACAGCUGCGCGUUAACAUUGAUUUGCUGUUGGGCCAAACAUUGGGGUUUGCGAAUGUGGCCCUGCAACAGGAUAAAAGGGCGCUAAGUGCACUGUGCCAGAAGGUAAUUCGUGAACUCAACGCAUUUCAAGAUGAAUGCAAAGUCCAGAACUCUUCGAACUCCAAUCUCAAACUGAAAGCCAUGACACUGGAACAGGCGCUUUAUCAGCUAGAAGAUUUCAUUAAUGAUGCCUUGCUGCGUUUGGUGUUUACCUGCUUUUUAGAUUUUCAAAAGUUCUCAGUGGACAAAAUCCGCACCCUUCUGAAGAGCAGUUCGGAUGAUGACGCUAUAGCUGAUGAAUUCAUUGCCGAUUUUGAUGUGAAUAUCGAUCGAGCCACCCAGAUUGGCAUUUUUGCAAUUGCCUUUGCCCCCAACUUGAAAAUGAAAACGAUGAUGCGCAGCUGUCUGGCUUCCUUUGAGUCGCUGGACACCAGCCUGAUACCUUCCCUGCAGGCCAACGGUUCCGACCUGCACUCCGACGUUUUGGAGCAGCACUUCGACGAGGAAGUGGCCAAGUUUAAGGCUACUCUGCAGGAGAUCAUUGACAGUCGCGCGUUUCUUGGCUGUUGUUUGGAGAUACUCACGUCCGGCAUUAGUGCUGCCGAAAAGCACUACGAAAAGGUCCCAUUAGAGGACUUGCUGGAAAUGGCCCUGUUCGUGCUGGAGCAUUUUCAAGUAGAAGUCAAUCGAACGGUUUUGGCUGAAACAAAGCUUCAGAUCGGGCAGGAGUACUUGCAACAGUUCAUCCGAAUACUACGCGAGUGCAAGGCCAUUAUGAUGUGUGCGUCCCAGGUGGAGCCAAAACGUAUCAUCAAGCGCUACAAGAUCCUGCGGACGAUUUUGCGCAAGCUACAUGGCUGUAUCGGAGCUUCAAAGUAUCGUGAAGAGGGGCCCGACGACUUGGAAUCCCAUUUAAUGGAUGAAUUACAAGAAGAACUGACUGAAACAGUCAGCUUUUUUCCCAGCUUGUCGGGCAUUGCGACUAGUCAAGGCAGCAUCCUCUACGACACAGCGCGUAGGAGGAGAUUAGCUAGAACCCACGAUACAAGGCCUAAAGAAAGUUAUCAUCGAAACAUAAAGUCAGCCAAUUACAGUGUGCGCCGCCGAGAAAGUCUGCGCACUGUUAUGUUUAAGCGACAAAAUAUGGCGGAAAGCAAACGCAUUUAUACCACAAUCAGCAACCAGUCCGCAAACCUCCAGAUAACUGAUAUACUCGAACAACUUACUGGAAUGUCAACUGGCGUCUUUGAAUGCUGACUGCGGACCUUCCGUCAUCAGAUUGUAAAUAAUUGAAAAUAGUCUUAAGCACUCCGUAAUCGAAGGCUCACGAUUUGAAUUAACGUACAUCACAAGCUAAAUGCCAUUGGGAAGGUGCGACGAGUACAGGGAGACAUACACACGCAGAUAUGUAUGGAAUUUUGAUGGUGGAGAGUGUUUUAUCCGAAACAGUGGUUUGGCUGUUGCAAAAAUAAAGCAAUAAAUUAAGUUAAAUACAA